AGCCAAGAUGGCGGCUGCCGGAGGAGAGCCCUCUGCCCAGGGUGGUUCGGACGAUUUGUUUAAUAAUUUCUACUCAGAGGUGAAGCAGAUUGAGAAAAGAGACUCUGUGUUAACUUCGAAGCAGCAGAUAGACAGACUGCUAAGACCUGGGGCAUCCUACUUUAAUUUAAACCCCUUUGAGGUGUUACAAAUCGAUCCAGAGGCAACUGAUGAUGAGCUGAAGAAGAGGUUCAGAGCGCUGUCCAUUUUGGUCCAUCCAGACAAGAACCAGGAUGAUCCAGACCGAGCACAGCGAGCCUUUGAAGCUGUGGACAAAGCCUACAAAAACCUGUUGGAUCCGGAACAAAAGAAGAGAGCCAUUGAUGUGAUCCAAGCAGGAAGGGAAUAUGUUGAGCAUAAUAUGAAAGAAAAGAAGAAACAGUUGAAGAAAGAUGGCAAGCCUCAAUUCGUGGAGGAGGAUGACCCAGAAAUGUUCAGACAGGCGGUGUACAAGCAGACAAUGAAGCUUUUUGCAGAGCUUGAAUUAAAAAGGAAGGAGAGGGAAGCCAAGGAUAUGCAUGAACGAAAAAGGGCAAGAGAAGAAGAGAUUGAGACUGCAGAGAAAGCAAAGCGAGAGAGGGAAUGGCAGAAAAACUUUGAGGAAACAAGGGACGGACGAGUGGAUAGUUGGAGGAGUUUCCAAGCAGGCAAAGGCAAGGCUAAAAAAGAGAAGAAACCCAGGUCGUUCCUGAAGCCUCCUAAAGUCAAGAUGGAACAGAGAGAGUAAAGUCUGUUAAACUGUGAUGGUCAAGGAUCCUCCCCAAAGGCUACAUCCCAAUUCUUGACUCUUUUCCUAAAGCGUGCACUUGAACUGUCCCCAUCAUGUUUAAACCCAUAGGAAUUGAUAGUUU